AUGGAGGUGUGUCAGGAAGACUCAUUAAUGUACUGGAAAGGACUGAGCCACGGUCUAUUGCUCAUGCUUCCUGUCCUGUUCUUCCUUUAUCGCAAAUGGUCAGUGGCAGCAGAGAAAUCAGAUAUUCCACAGCCAAUGCUCGGAACGUCCUUCAUGAACGAGCUAUUUGCGUUUGAGGUUGUUCUAGUUGCUGGCGCUGAGCUUAAAGCAGUACGUGAUCAGCUUACAACCGCUGAAGAGACGACACCUGUGAAUGACAAAAAGGUGUAUGCACUAAAAGAGCGCGUGGUAGACCUUGCCAUUGUGCUUCAGAAGAAACUGGAGACUAUCACGCCAAUCGUGUCGUUUUUGUUAAAAGAAAGCGUGAGCGUCAUCAAGAAUCAUCAUGUAUGGGGUGAAGCAGAGGAUGAGACGAAGAAGGACAAGUGA